GUCAAAGUGCUCGUGGUUCUUCUUUCAGCAUGCUACGAAUUUCUGUUCGCUUUGCUCUCGUUUCGAUCGUACACAUGUGAGUUUUGUGUUUAAAUCCAAAAAAUGAAGCCAAAAACGGAAGGCAAGAGCGGUAAAUUGCUCGACAAAACGGUGUUCAAGUUUUUCGAGAAGCUUAUUAAUCAGGACGAAAAUAUCCGACUUAGAGGAGCAUCGGAGUUGAUACAGUUUUUGUGCGCAGGCAACGAUGGAAGUGCAGAGGACAAGCACGAAAAAGAGCGAGCUUAUGCCCUCAAGCGAUUGAUUCGUGGGGUUGGUUCCAACAAUCAUACUUCCCGAGCAGGAUUCUUCACUGCGCUGGUUGGAUAUCUGCAACAGGUGAAGGAAAGCGAUCAUUGUCCUUCAGUAACGGAAAUCUUUAAAUUAGUCAAAUCGGAAUUAUCUGAUACGGAUAAGGGAGAAGAAGACACCCAGCAAACUAAGCUGGAACUUAGAGUUGGCAAGGUGUCGGUAUGUGGCGCAAUUAUCAACUCCGGGCUGAUAGAGAAUGCCUCUGACAUGGAACUGCAAACGGUGCUGAAAGCACUGAAGAAAGGAAUGUACAAAAUGGUGACGCCCCUGGCCAUCAUGUACCUCAGCGAACUUGUCCAAAAGAUUGACACUAAAAAGUUCACGAAAGUUUUAUGGCCCGUUAUUGAGCCGGUAGUGAAUGUACCGAAAGCUGAACACACGAUGGACACAAUAUAUUUUCUUCUAGCAGCUUCUUCGGUCCAUAAAAAAUCAGUGAAUCAAAAGUUCUUCGAAAGCAACUUCAAUGCCCCGCAUUUGAUUCACGAAGAGAACUACGAGUUUUUGGCGAGUCUUCUGUGGGACAUCAAGGAUACGUUAACGAUAAAUCAUCCACUGUACGAUUUCCUAAUCGAACAACUCGUGAAACAGAAUAAAGUUGGUGAAUUCUGGGCACAAGGUGUAGAUCCCAUUCUUGUGGAUGAAGGUAGCACCCACAGGUUCAAAGAUUUAGUUGCUUUGCGAGUGUUCAUCACGAUUCUGAACAAGUUGGAGGAUGGUUCAUCCAUUCCUGAUCUACUGAGCGUCGCAUUUCUAGAAAUGCUAAUGAAAAAAGUGAAACACUUCACCCAACUUAGUGAAGAUGUUCGAGAUUUGUAUCAGGAAGCAUUUGAAAGUCUCAAUCAGAGCUACUCUAAGAUAAAAACAGAGCAAACGAAACUUGCCAUAUUCGAAAAGCUGGUCACAUCCCCCAGUAGUAUAUUGAUCGAAAAAUAUGCAUCCAACAAGAUCGUCCAAAACUUGUUAUCAACAAUGACCGGAGAGAGUGUGAAAAAAGCUGCCACGAUUUUAGAAAAAAUCAUUCUGGCAACCGAUCACCCGGAAGUGUUGAACACUGAAAGGAUUCACGCCGUGCAAGCUUUACAGAAGAUGCUUUCAAACCGAAAUGUGACCACUGAAACCGAGUGGCGAACGAACAUUGUGAAGUUCUUGCUUAAUUUGGGGCUGUUUUAUUCAUCGGAUGGCAAGAAGGUGCUGAAGAACACCAAAAAUCAUUCUGCAGCCAUUUCAGCAGAGCUAGCCCCUACAAUGAAAUCGGCAUUUUUCCAUUGUCUGGAACAACGACAUGCCAAACUGGCAGAUGAAAAAGCUUUCCUCCUGUCCAUAGUGAACCAUGUACAAGAUAUACUGCAAAGCACUGGCAAUAAGGCUCUGCGAGUACAAAUUAGCGACGAGCAUUUAAAGCACUGGAAUCGUAUGUACGCUAUCGUACAGACCAAGGAAAAGAAGGACAAGAAGUUGAACAACGUUUUCCAUAUUUUGCUAAUGUACAUGGGACUCCAUCUGUUUAGCGAUCCAGAAUUGGCUAGCAGCUCGAUAGCUGAAUUGGAAAGUGUUAUGAAGCGCGUGAAAAGCAAGAAAGCAAGCUCGAAGAUGGAUAUCGCCCAGAAUGGGAAAAGUGGCGAGCCAGAGUGGAUCGAGGUGGUGAUCGAUCUGUUCCUCAAUUUGAUGUCCCAAAACUCCCAUCUGCUUCGGACGGUCAUUGGACACAUUUUCCCUCAUCUGGCGGGCGAGAUGACACUCACUGCUUUCAACCAGAUUUUAUCGGUAAUAAAUUUGAAGGAUAAAACCAAUCCACUAACUGCCGGUGAAAGUGAAGGCAAUGAGGAAGAGAACGACGACAAGAUGGAUGAGGAUUCCAGCGAUAGCGAUGAAGAUUCUAACGGAAACGAAUCGGAUGACGCCAAUACAGAAAAUGAAUCUGACGAUGACGAAGACGAACAAUUUUCUGGCGAUGAUGAAGAUGAUAAAGUCACGGACAAGAUGCGCAUGGCUAUUCAAACGGCCUUAGGUGGUGCUAACCCGGAAACUGAUACGGAAUCGGUCGAUCUGGACAAUAUGGCAGAGGAAGAAGGCCGUAAGCUGGACGAAGCUCUAGCGGCUGCGUUCAAAAUGUACAAACAGUCGAAAAAGACGAAACCAACGAAAGCAGAGGAAAGGCUAGAGACAACUUUAACUCAUUUCCGAAUGCGUGUUUUUGACCUUAUUGAUGUGUACCUAAAGAAUGGACCAAAUAUGGUAAUAUGCUUGGAGUUGAUGCUGUACAUUUUCGAAAUGCUUCCAGUAGCCAUAAAAGAAACGAAGCACAAGCAGAUUUUAGAUCGGUAUCGACAUGUGUUCAACAGCUUAGUAAAAAUUAAGAAUUUCAACGUGGACGUUAAGGAUGUAUCAGCGGAACAACUACCUCAAAUUCUAACAGACUUAAUGGAAAAGGUGGCUAAGGGAUCGUCGUUCCCGGAAAAAAAUCAGUACAUUCUGAAGGCAUGUCAGUUUAUUGUGAUAUGUUCCGAACUAAUAGAGAAGAACGGCGAAGGCAAGAAAUCCACAAAUAUACAUAAAAUAUUCGGAACGUAUCUGAAAGAAUUCAUCAUCGAACGGAAUCCUGCACUGACAUUGAACAUCUUUCAGACAUUACUCCGUAUGAACUGGUCCGGAAACUGGUACCUGGCGAAAAUCCUAACAGAUAACGGCUUUAAAAAGGAAGUACGAACUGUACGCAAAACGCAAUCUCUUUCGUUGUUGCGUGAAUUCGUGAGGAAUCGAAGGUUAGUUACCUCUAAUCCUGCUGCCGCCCAAGAAACGGUGAAAUCUAUCGUUGCCAACUUGAAUUCCUUCAUGAAGGAAGCGCACCAGUCAUCGAUAUCUCAAAACGAGUUCAACGAACUUGCUCAGUUACUGCUGGAGUUGCACGUUCUUGAAAGACAACUUCCUGACCCUAAGAAUAUUCCUUGGCAACAAAUCGGAAAUAACCUACAGAAACUACGAAACUUCAACUUGAAUUCGCAAAUAAUGAACAAUUAUUUGCGAUUAUGUAAAUUACUGCAGCUGGAACCUAUCAAGAAUAGUGAACGUGUCCAGAAAAAUGGCAGCAAACCUAAAGUCAACGGAAAAUCAGCCCACAGUGAUUCCGAAGAAGAAGAAAAAGAGGAAGAGAAUGAUGUUGAGGAGUCUAAAUCGAACGGCAGUGUAAAGCGAAAGAAGAAAAGCAAUUCGAUGAAGCAGAAAAGACUCAAGAAAGAGGAACGGCUCAAGGCUGCAUCGCAAGGUUUGGAAGCCGUGUCUUUUAUAAACGUUGAAUAAGUUUAGGAUAAUGUGGAGAUCGCAAAAGUGAUGUCAAUAAAUUUUGAAAACCUCAUA